AUGCACCAUCUUGAAGGACACCCAAAUAUGGAGAAUUUGCAGCGGUUACUCGAUAUUGGUGAGAGUCGUGGGUUUCCUAGCAUGUUAGGAAGCCUCGACUGUAUGCAUUGGCGAUGGGAGAAAUGUCCCUUGUCCUGGAGAGGUCAAUUCACUAGUGGGUAUAAAGGCGUUCCUACUCUUAUUUUGGAGGCAGUUGCUUCACAAGAUCUUUGGAUAUGGCAUGCCUUCUUUGGUCUUACUGGAUCAAACAACGAUAUCAAUGUGCUUAAUAAGUCAAAGUUGUUCGUUGAGGAACUAAAAGGGCAAGCUCCCGGAGUGAGCUACCGUGUAAAUGAUAGGGAUUAUGAGCAUGGAUAUUACCCGGUGGAUGGAAUAUACGCCGAAUGGGCUGCAUUCGUGAAGUCAAUACCAAUGGCACAAACUGAAAAGCAGAAGUUAUUUGCCGCAUUUCAAGAAGCAAGGAAGGAUGUGGAACGUGCUUUUGGUGUGCUCCAGGCACGAUGGUCCAUUUUGCGUCGUCCGGCAUGUCUAUAUGACCAUGGGGACAUCCACAAUAUUAUGAUAGCUUGCAUAAUUCUCCAUAACAUGAUAGUUGAGGAUGAAAAAGAAGAGGCAGGAAAUGUUCUGGAUUUGAACCAAAAUAUAGACCGUAUUUAG